CGAGAUGAUGAUAAACUGAUCUCAUCCUUGGUGGCGGCAACUACACGAAUAAAUCUGCUCCGCCGCGGCGCCGACAGCGCCGAAACACGAGCACCACCAUCGACGCCGAGGCGCUGAAAACGCACCCCCGCCGUCGGGCCAGGCACGGACUGCACCACUCGCCCGGCGAUCAGGUACGGACGGAGCCCCCAGCCGCGGGCGACGAGGCCCCCCACCCUCGACGGUCCAACCCCACCCCCCCAGACGAGGCCGGUCGCGAUCUCCCCUACCGCGCGGUGCAAGUGCGGCCGGAAAAUCAUGCAGAUGAAAUAAGUGCGCGAUAAGGAGCUGAAUAUUGAUGAAUUAAUCGCUUAAUGAGGCGUCAUGCCAGCCUCCGAACAGUGAGAUCAGCCAGAAGUUGAUGGAGACAUGGCCGCAAUUGCGUCGCUUCUUCACCACCACCAACAACUCUUGCUGCGUGCCGCUUCCGCCGCUGCCCUCAUCAACAACUCGCCGCCGUCGACGGUGCCCCUGCACCCGCACCACCAUCCACAGCAGCAGCAGCACCAUCACCACCACCAGUCAGUGACCUUUGACACGAGCAGCUGCAGCAGCGGCGCCGGCAGCGACAUGUGCAGCCCGGCACCGUCGUCAUCGGGCUCAGCCAGCCUGGCGCCGCCGGCCUCCGUGCUGUCCGAGGAGGCCGCUUCGGACGACGACGAAGUGCUCAGCGUCGGCAGCGAGACGCCGCCGUCGCUGACGGACAGUCCGGCCCUGAGCGUGUCACCGGGCGCCGACUUCGCCACCGUGCGCAACCACAUGCUGAUGGAGCACGAGGCCGCCCUCCGCAGCGGCCUCAAGUUCAGCAUCGACAACAUCCUGCGACCCGAGUUCGGCCGCCUCCUGCCCGCCGCCGCCGCUGCAGCCGCUGCGGCCGCCGCCGCCCCCGGUGCCAAGAAAUGUGAUAAAGCGAAGAAGAAGAGCAAAGACUUGAUGCGAAUGUUACCCCCCGCGAAGGGCCCUGCCGACGCCCCGGCCCCCGCCACUCCCUCUCAGCCGAUCAACCUGUCGGCCAAAGACAAUUCAUCCUCCGCGAGUCCGUCGCCGAGUGCGGCGCCGCCACCCAGUACCAACUCCUCCGGCCAGCCCAUGCUUUGGCCCGCGUGGGUCUACUGCACCAGAUACUCGGACCGACCCUCCUCAGGUCCCAGGUCGCGGAAACUGAAACGCAAAGAAAAGAAGCCCGAGGAUAAGAGACCCCGCACCGCCUUCACCAGCGAACAGCUUUCCAGGCUAAAGAGGGAAUUUCAGGAGAACAGGUACUUGACUGAACGACGGCGGCAGCAACUGGCCUCUGAACUGAAGCUGAACGAGUCGCAAAUAAAAAUCUGGUUCCAAAACAAACGUGCCAAAAUCAAGAAGGCGUCGGGCCAGAAAAACCCGCUGGCCCUGCAGCUGAUGGCGCAGGGUCUGUACAACCACAGUACCAUUCCGUCAGGGGCGGACAGCGACGGCGAGAUUGCCGAGGGACCGUCCUCCCCCUCGUCGGCCAACGGCGACUAAUCAAUCGUGUCGAUUGAUUGCGAGUGAAAAAAGAGAAAUUCUGAUCGAGCAAAGUGACUCUGGGAAAAAUGCCGGGCGACAAUUUAUUUAUUUAUUUGGUUUGCGCGAUUGAUUAACUCUGGUUGACGUGCAAGUCACGCUGCUGUGAGACUCGCCGAGUGAACUAACGCAGCAGCAGCAACAACUGUGCAUUUCCUAUUUCCUAUUAAAAUAAAUAGACCUCCAUAACGUGUAUUCCUCUCCCGAACAUUGCCACAGCAGUCGUUAAAUAGAUGUUGAGAUUUAUUGAUACGAAAAAGCAACGUACUGUGUCUCUAGAGAAUAAAGGCGCCGCGCGGAGAGAAAUCCAACUUGUGCAACGUGUAAAUUACUCUAUAUACAUACAUAAAUAUGAUACUUGUCGUGAAUAUCAGGUAAAUUGUAUUAUGCAAAUACUGGAGCAGCGCGGCGGCGCAUACGUGAGUUGUGUUGUACUUACUAUUGUAUAAUAUCUACGCGAGAAUUAUUAAAAUAUUAUAUAUACCACCAGCAGAGAGACUAUGCUAAUUGUGUCGCAGCGAAUGAUGCAAAUUAGUAAAUAGGCAAAGCAAUUUAAUAUUCAAUAAAUGCUGAUGAGUGUCAAAACGAUGAAAA